AUGCCUCUCCGCCCUCAUAUUGGUCUCGGUUUCCCAGCCCACGCUUACCAGAAACGCCAUGUAGAACCUCACGACCGAUCUACCGGGUAUCAGCCCAAGGUCCGCAUCACAGAUCGUUAUCGCAUCAUUGGUUUCAUCAGCUCCGGUACUUAUGGACGGGUGUACAAGGCUGUCGGUCGCAAUGGAAAGCCUGUCGGCGAGUUCGCCAUCAAGAAGUUCAAGCCUGACAAGGAGGGCGAGCAGAUCAGUUACACAGGUAUCUCGCAGAGUGCUGUCCGCGAGAUGAGUCUCUGCAGUGAGCUUCAUCAUCACAAUGUCAUCAAGCUCUGUGAGAUUAUGCUCGAGGAUAAGUGCAUCUUCAUGGUUUUCGAGUACGCAGAGCAUGAUUUGCUUCAGAUCAUUCAUCACCAUACACAACAGCCACGACAUCCGAUCCCUCCAGCAACGAUAAAGAGCAUCAUGUUUCAACUGCUCAACGGUUGCCAGUAUAUCCACACCAACUGGGUCUUGCACCGUGAUCUCAAACCCGCCAACAUCAUGGUCACUUCAUCGGGCGAAGUCAAGAUUGGUGAUUUGGGUCUGGCACGACGUUUCGAUAAGCCCCUACACUCACUAUUCAGCGGAGACAAAGUCGUCGUGACAAUUUGGUACCGAGCACCGGAGCUCAUCCUUGGAUCUUACCACUACACUCCCGCUAUCGACAUGUGGGCUGUCGGAUGCAUCUUUGCUGAACUUUUGUCUUUGCGGCCUAUCUUUAAGGGCGAGGAAGCCAAGAUGGACAGCAAAAAGACAGUUCCCUUCCAACGCAACCAGAUGCAAAAGAUCAUAGAGAUCAUGGGCGUUCCUACCAAAGACAAAUGGCCCCUUCUUCCAACGAUGCCAGAAUACAACCAACUCAACACUCUCGCCAACUCAAUGUCUCAUCACGGCCACCAUCAUCACCAUUCUCACCACCACGGCCACUACGGCUCACGCAACCCUCCCCCGCCCCCACCGGGUGGCUCAAACCUUGAAAAGUGGUAUUACAGCACCAUCAACCACACCAGCACCCCCGGAGGCAGUCCGCCGCUUGCCUCUCUGGGCUCAGAAGGUUACAAGCUGCUCGCCGGUCUUCUAGAAUACGAUCCUCAAAAGCGUCUCACCGCCGCUCAAGCUCUUCAAUCGCCGUUUUUCACCACAGGUGAUCGCGUCAGCGCGAAUUGCUUCGAGGGUUGCAAGAACGAGUAUCCCUGCCGACGCGUGAGCCAAGACGACAACGAUAUUAGAACUAGCAGUCUUCCUGGUACCAAGCGCAGUGGAUUACCUGAUGACUCGCUCAUAAGACCAGCCAAGAGAUUAAAGGAGUAG